UUGCCGGGCUAGUUAAAUCUGUCGCCUUCCAACGCGGAGGAGUCUGCCUCUCUCCUGUGUCCCCGGCCCUCCGCGAAGGAAGCCAGUUUCUAGCCACACCCAGGAAGCUCCCGAGGUUGCUAACUCACACGUCCGUACCGCACCGCACACAUCGUGGGGGCUAAGAGCCAGCAGAACCGGUGCUUUGCCCGGAAGCACAUGGCCGAGCGGAGUCAGGCAGUGGGCCGCUACCUUGCCACUAAGCCACGCCUCUGUCGGCACGAGCUCUGCAGCACAGACCGUGUAAACCGACCCUCAACGAGCCAGUCUGUCCCCCCUGGUUCUCCGUGAGGGAUGCAUGCCAGCUGCGUGUCCUGCCUCUCGCCCCGCACUGUCCCUGCUCUGCGGGGUGCCGCUGGGCCCCUGGCACUCCCCGGCCUGCAGGAGGUGCUGGGGGCCGUGCGGCUGGAGUCGGGUGACCAGCGGGGCCCCUGCCCUCCCGGGACUUCCUGGACUGUGGGACGAGCCAUUAGGGAUGUGCGUUCCCUUGAAAAGGGCAGAGACUGGAGUUCUGCAGGCAAAGGGGUCCUACUUGGAACAGGGCGGACCAACAUCCGCUUUCAUUUGCGGGCGCCCCUGCUCCGUUCCUCACAAUGUCGUUUCCAGGCCGUCCGGGGCCCCGCCCGCCCCCGCCCGGGCUGCAGGCUCGCGGCGCACCCGGCCGCACUGAGCCCCGGUCUUCGGCUCCGUCCUCACAGGAACCACCGACUCGCGCAGCCACCCCGCUCCGGCCCUGGGCUGGACCCGGAAAUGUCACUUCCCCUGGGCCGCGGGCUGCGUGACGUCGCCUGUCGCUUCCGGCGGUUGCGCGAUGACGCAACAUCGGCGUGCGCGGCGUGAGAGGCGGUAGCCAUGGCAGGUGCGUGCGGUGCGGCGGUUCUGCGGGAUGCCCCCGGCUGUCGUCUUCAUCCGAGUCCAUCGGGGGCCGCAGGCGGGGCAGGUCGAGUGCGGAGACGGCCGUGCUCCGGCGCCCGAGUGCUGCACCCCCGCCCCGGUUCAGGGACCGUUGUCACCGCCCCUACUUAGGCUGGGCCCACCUGCGGAAGACCGUGGGAGCCAGGCUGUGUGUGGCAGUGACGUGACGGCACGGAUGCCCCCGAGUCCGGUGAAGUGGACGCUGGCAGCUGGGUGCCCAGGGAGGUGCCGCCCUCACUGCUCCUCUCUGCAGGGACUCGGGUGCCUGGUUCUUGGCUGGUCUUGGGUGGCUCCAGGCCUGGCUUCUGACUGGCAUUCUCUGACCCCAGGUUUUGGCACUGUGUCUCCGCCUGCUUCCCGCUGGCAUCUGAGUGGGAAAUGGGCUUUUAAUAAACAGGUUCCAAAUGAGUGUCGAGUCCAGCCCGUUUCUCUGCUUUCCAAAGUGCGGCACAAAGAGGAAGACGCCUCCUUGGAGGCGCUGGGCCGGGUUGAAGUGCUCCCUGCCCUCACGUGGGAGGGGACUGUUCUCGGACACGGACCUGAGGUCCCGGGUGGGUCCUGCCUCUGUGUGGGCGGGAAGGCACCUGCAGCGUCGGUUCCAUUUGACAAGUGCUGGCUGCAGCCACUGCUGUGCACACAGGUUGGCCCAAGCCCACAUGGUUGGGAGUGAGGGCCGGGCUGACGGAGCUGGUUUCACCUUCACUUGGCUAGUGAGGGUGAAUGGGAGGGCACCUGCAGGUCCUGCACCGAGUCAGGUUGGUCAGCCACACCGAGGCCCAGAGGAGGGAGAGAGGUGGCCUCAGACCAGCUGCAGCCAGGCCUGCAGGUGCAAAGGGCCAGGCUGUGCUGCCAGCUUGGCAUCUCCAGGGGAAAGCAUCUUGGAAGCGGUCCAGAGGACAGGAGUGUGGGACA